GCCACCAUGUCACCAAACCCGAACUUCAUGCGGGCGAGCGUUAAUUCAUUUCGUCCCUGCACAUCAAUGGAUUUUUAGGGUUCAACUAUCCCGUUAAGCCAGGAGCUGGACGUAAGUUGUACCUAUUGGCCGCCGCUGGCGCCUAUCAGAUGGCACAACUGUGAUCGGCAUAUAAGGAGGCAAGCCUCGAGGUCACCUUAUGCCUACCGUACUGUCCUGUUUCGCAUCAGCUGCUUCAACUCCAUCGCAACUUGAACACCUUGUGGAAACAAUGCCAAAGCAAAACAAGUCGGUCUUGCAAAGACAGUACAGAAGCAAGGAGCUCGAUGGGUUUUCCUUGGUACGGGCGGAGAUCUAUCAUGCUAGCAAAGGAAAGUCAGACCCCAAGACAAGACAAGAUGUUCUACGAAAAGCUGCACGGCUGAUUAGGGAGCUUUCUGUGUUGAACGCAAAGUUGCAACAACAAGUUUAUGUAAAGUCCCGUCAAACCGGUUCCGAAACGCCACCAAGUUGUGUAGGAGGGUUCCCAACAACAAUCAGUAAUCCUUGUACGCAAGGCUCAUAUUCUCCUGUACUUUACAAUCAUUUCAUCGAGCAGCCCUGUCAGCUCGCAGGCAUACCGCCGACUGAAUCACAUCCAUACGUCACCAACACAGGGUAUGAACUGUGCGAUGACGUGUCAUUGGAGAACACGAGCACAACCCCGGCAUAUGAUCAGAUCAUCAGCCAGGUGAAUUCUCAUUGGAGUCUGGAUCGCCAAUAUUACAACCAUGGUGAACAAAUAUAUGUAUGGGACAAUAGAAUUGCCUAGUGUACAUCAACUUCUCACUACCCGUGAUAGCUAGAUUUUUUAUCUGUUGGGGGUCGAUUUACGGCGUGAAUCACAUGUACAUUCUCAGAUUCUGGCAUUUGA